AUUUUUUGGAUUGAAGUAUAAAUUAGCACCGUCAAGAUUACACGACAAAAAGAGGACAACAAUACAGAUUUAGUAUUUCCCCACUGUUCCUCAUCCCCAGUAACAUUCUUCACCGCACGGAGACAAAAGCAAGAUUUGCCUAACCCAGAAGAGAGUACAGUAAUCGAUUCAUUGCCAAAUCGAUCGAUCGAUCCGUUGGAUCCAGCAGCCACAUCUUCUUCUUCAAUACAAACUACAAAGAGUGAUACAUUACGUUAGAUACAGAGAGAGAGAGAGAGAGAGAGAGAGAGACAUCUUCUUCUUCAAUACAAACUACAAAGAGUGAUACAUUACGUUAGAUACAGAGAGAGAGAGAGAGAGAGAGAGAGAGAGAGAGAGAGAGAGAGAGAGAGAGAGAGAGAGAGCCGGAGAGGAUGGGAUGGAGACGAGGUUGAGGAAAGAGGCAGAGGAAGAAGAUGGCGAGGGCAGAGUGGGGGUAUUAUGGAAGAAACAAAUGGUGUUCGUACAAGCGGACCACUCUCCUCAUAUGCUCAAUCAAUAUUGUCAUUGGUCUCUUUGUUUUUCACUCCUUGUACACUUCGCUUUACAUCUAUUCGUUAGAGGAUUCACAAACUGUUGUAAAAUACACCCCAGAUCAGAUUAGGAAAAUGGAAGAGUCGAUUCGAAUACGAAAAGCAGCUGAACCUGUAGAGCUUAUUAAAUCGGUAAAAGAAAUCAAGAAGGAAUUUUUAAGGGAAGAAAGCAGACUAGAAUUGCCAAAGCAAUUGAAACAGAAGAUAAUGGAUGAAAUACUUGAGAGGUUGAGGAGAUUGAGUGCUGAUGCCAAUUUGACUGAGCAGCGAGAAGCAGUUGAAAGAUGGCGCAAGGAAAAGCUAAAAGAAGCAACUCAAGUAACUCUUACGAGGACCUUGAAUUCAACUGUUCUGCCAGGGGAAGCUGGGGUGCUUGCAAGAGCUUUGGAGUCUGGUUGGAGUCAGCUGUCAGAAGAUAUUGGUCUUUGGAUACCAGUCGAAAUCCAUAACAAGGAACAUGAUGACAAGCCAGAGGGCGCAGAAGACGAAGAUGAAGAAAUUUUACCUGGCAGACAAGUUCCUCCUGAAUGCCAUGCCAAGCCUCAUUCAGAUUAUGAUGGUAUUGCUGUCAGAUGGGGUCUUACUCACCAUAGAGAAAGUGCGGCUGACUGUUGUCAGGCCUGUUUGGAUCAUGCCAGAAAUGCCAAACCAGGUGAAAACAAAUGCAAUAUAUGGGUUUAUUGCCCAUCAGAGACCGGUUGCUAUUCCCCGGAUAUCUAUGAGCACAAACAUACGGAGUGCUGGCUCAAAUAUGCAGAAAAACCCCGAUUGAAUUUCAAGGACAGGUAUCCUGAAUGGUAUAGGGACUCCCACCCAAAUGCGCCGGUAAUUGUUCCGUGGGUCUCUGGUGUUGUUGGUGCAUAAUUGGAUAUUUUUUUUCUUCAAGAAAUGGCAGCAAAUCUGAAGACUUAAACAGGGUUACUAACUGUGAACCAUAUUGCGAACACUUCACAGUACCCACUUCAAGCUCGAUGUAGUGUAGUCACUAGACUCACCGUUUUGUAUUUUUCUUUUCCCCUUGCACUCCUACAUGGUGGUUGAACUUUUUUGCUGUUUGGUUGGGGUCGGGGAUUUGGUGAUUUAUUUUGCAACAUGGGAUUGUGCCGCCGAUGCUUUGAAGAUCUAGUGCUAAAGAGAGCAAAGGGGCUUUAAAAUCGUCAAAUGUGCACUUGGUUGUCCCUGUAUGUAAUAUGAGAAAGUUGUUUCAACAUUUGGCAAUGUAAACUAAUAAUCAGAUUUUUUUUAUUAAUCGACUCAACAAGUAAUUACA